CUUUUCAUAAAACCUGACAGUCCUGCAACUGUAUAUACUGUAUAUGUACUGUACACACUAUAACCCUGAGUGAAGAAAGCCUGACUAGCACCACCUGACUGCCGUCCAUGGAUUUACAGACACAACAAGUACAGACACACACGGGAAGAAAGGAAUAGGGCGGCGUUAGUAACAUUUCGCUUCUUCAGACUACAAGACAACAGUUAGACAAGUAUUGAGCGUGAGUAGAAAAUAUCAUGGAAACAGUUGACAACACACAAUUUUUUUUCACUUCGUAGAAAGUCUACAGGUUUAUUUUCCCUCUCGCCCUGCUCCAUUGUUGUUGUUUUUUCAGGGAAGUGUGUGGUGUGCGGACAUUCUCAUAAUGGAUACAGAACUUUCUAAAACUGCCGACAACUGUGGUGAUCACUCCACUAGUGAACAGGGCAUGGAAAAAACCCAGCAGUCCUUGGAACCCAGUGAGAAACCUGACGAUAAACAGUCAAAAUCAGUGCAGGCUGCUAGCAAUGAGAGCCUGGAAAAGAUGCCUGCCACAUUGGUUGAAGCACCUGGAGAAGAGGUAAAUCCAAAACAAAAAGGACAGAAGAAGAAACCCAGAAAUCCAUUUAUGCCCCAGGUUGCUGCAAAGAACAAAAGAACAGAGGAGAAGAAUGGAGACAAAAAUGGAGACAGUGGCAGUGACCUUGCAGAGACUAAAAGCCACAAGAAGUCCCUCAUGGAAUGGCUGGAUGAGUUCCGUUUAAGUGAAACUCAGAGAGAGGAUGAUGAGGAUCUUGAUGGCCUCAUGGAUUGGUGGAACACUGUGGAACAAUGGGAAGACAUGCCCAAAAGUGACAACAUGACAGAGAAAGAAGAAGCCAAGGCUUUUGCUGUAACAGCUGAAAAGGUGCAAAAGGGCAUACGUGUGUUUAACAAACUUUUCUCAGAACGGGCAGAAGGACUGUGGCAGCAUGUGAUCGACCUGAAUGCCAUUGCUGAUGGCCUGGAUCGCUUCAACAAGAAAACCAAGAUUGCUCAGAUCACUGGUGGCUCCACCAGUGCUGUGGGAGGUGUUGCUACCAUAACUGGCCUCAUCUUAGCACCUUUCACAAUGGGAACCUCUCUGAUCGUCACUGCGGUUGGCCUGGGUGUUGCCAUGGCAGGUGGUCUUACCUCUGCAUCCGCUGGGAUAUCCAGUACCGUCAACAACUCUAUGGAUCGCAAAAAGGUAGAGCGCAUUGUGGAAGACUAUCAGGCGAAGAUGGCUGACCUUAACAAAUGCAUGAAGUUCAUCAAGCAAGGCAUUACAAACCUACGCAAGUUCAACUUAAAUAAGAUGAAGAAGAAUGCAUACAAUCGAGACUUCCCUUGUUUUGAAAAUAUCUAUGAGGAUGGCGCUAUGGCAGGCAAAGCUAUUCUAACCAGUGCCAAUGAGAUUAUGCGUGUGAUGCAGAUAGCCAAUGCGGCGGGAACCACUGCGGCGCGUGCUGUGCAGAUCGCUAGUGUAUCCACAGGGGUUCUGACGGGGCUUUUUGUCGGGAUGGAUAUCUAUUUUGUGGCCAAAGACUCCCAGGAAUUGAAAAAUGGUGCAAAGUCAGAAUUUGCUGCCAAGAUUAGAGAGGUGGCAGAUCAGCUACAUGAGGGCUUGAUGGAACUUAACAUAAUCCGAGAUGAGUUGCGGUUGACCACCACUCUAAAAGAAGACAAACCUUCUUACAUUCAGGACUGUGUUAUGGUCGUCUUGGGAGGAAAACAACAGCUCAUUCAGGAAAAAGCAGAUUCAAUGUACAGGCGUUCAGACGUAGAUGUGCACUCAUUUGAGCCGAGACAGUACAUGUUUAAGGGUUUAGGAACAGGAAGCUUUCCCACUAAGGAUGAGAUUUGUGAUCUCAUGGGCAAUAAUGAUGGUCUGUUAGAGAACAGCAAAAUUAAGAAGAAGGUUACUGAGAGUGAGCUGUUGGCUGUCGAUGAUCAACCAUCAGGCAGCAAUAACCCGACGGGGAAAGCUGCUGUUUUCAGCUGGUUGUUUAAAGGAGCUCCUAAAAAGUGGACGGGUCAGCCUGUGCAAGAGGAAAAGCUAUCAUUACAACAUGGAGAUCUCUCAGCCCACAAUCACAACCAAACACAAAACAACACCACCAAGGAAGAACCAGAAUUGAAAAGUGAUGAUUUUCCAGGCAGUGACAGUCUUGUAAGCUAUAAUGCCUCUGAGGAGGGAAAUUCCCUGUUUUCUUUUCUCAAAACAUCUGAUGAUACUUAUGAAGAGGACAGCCCACCAUUACACAUUAAACUGCUUGCCAGUAAUGACAAUCUCUUAUAUAUCUCUAACAACAACUUAAAGGAUAACUCAGGGAAGCUAAGUGGCCCUUUCCGCAGUUCCCCAAAACCAGCAUUACGUUUUCCUGCUGAAACGGAUCCGCUAAGUUCGCAUAAUGAAUUUACAGACUGGGAUUAUACGUUCUUGGACACUGGGAUUGAAAAGAAAUCUAUUGCAGUGCCCAGAAAAUGUAAUGAUGAGAAACUCUCUAACAGUAAUAGCAAGGUCGUGUCAUUUAGAGUGAAGAAAACUCUACCUAGAAUGUCCAUGUUUUCAUCCAGUACGCAGGGUUCAGAUCAAGAGUAUAUGAUUGAGAAACCAACGAAAAUGCCGCAACUGGGGACAAAUGAGGACUGCACUUUUGAAAUCCUGCCAGUGGAGAUGGCUGCCUACCCAACAGAUUUAAAUUCAUUAGAGACAAAUGCGGAUGAUGACCUGAUGGACUGGUGGAAAACUGUUCAAGGUUGGAGUGAAUGGAACAAAACUGCAAAUUUUCAGGAGGAAGACGGGAAGCUGGCUGUCGAGGCUGUUGCAGACCGUGUGUUUAUGGCGGCCCGUCUCUUUGUCAGCCUUUUCAACCAACAUGGAGCUUCUUUGCAACAUCGCAUUUUAGAGUUGCUUGCUCUGGCGGACACUGCUGACAGCUUCCAUAAGAAGACCGUGAGCGCAGCUUUAGGAGGGGGCGUGGCUAGUGUGGCAGGGAGCAUAGCCACCAUUACUGGCCUCAUCCUGGCACCCUUCACCUUUGGCACUUCCACUAUCGUCACUGCAGUGGGUAUCAGUGUGGCAACAGCUGGAAGCAUCACCUCAGCCACUGCUAAUAUCACGGAUGCUGUUCAGUCCAAAAUGGAUCGCAAGAAGGUGGAGAAGAUGAUCCAAGGCUACCAGGAUGAGAUCAGUAACAUCAGAGAUUGUCUGGAGUUCAUGCAAGAAGGAAUGAACACCCUGCAGGAAUGGGAUUUUAAGGGGUACUCUGAGAGUGUGGUCAACACUAGUCUUAGCCGUAACAUAAAGCAUGUAAUGAAAGAAGGUGGACGAGCAGGUAAAGCCCUUUUGAUAAACACUGAUAGGCUUAUCAACACUGUGAAAGUUCUAGGUGUUGCAGGAGGUGCUGCCAAAGCCGCCAAGGCCAUCAGUAUCACCACAGGGGUCAUGUCCACUCUCUUCCUCGCCCUGGAUGUCUUCUUUCUUGCCAAAGACUCCAAUGAACUUCACAAAGGUGCCAAGACCAAAUUUGCCUCCAAGAUCCGGGAAGUCUGCGAAGAGCUUCAACAUGGCCUACUGGAACUAAACAAAGUGAAGACUCAGCUUCAAAAGACCAUGGAUGGAAUCGAAGUGGAAGAAUAUGAGGAAGAGGAGGAGGAUGAAGACCAAUGUGAGUCAGAUCCUGUUAAACUGGCUCUACUUGAGGAAGAAAUAGAUCAGUUGGAGGAGAAACUUGACCAGAAAACUGUGCCAUGGCAAAUGAACCAUGCAAGAGAGGAGAUUCCGAGAAAUAUACCCUAAAAAAUAAAUAAAAUGAGUAGUCAAAGAGACAAGUCAAUGGUAAAGAAUCUUUUCAGUGAGCUAAUAUAUCGAAACAACAAAAGCACUAAAUUCAAAGAUUUGAAAGAAAAAAAGGAGAGUGGGAAGAAGCCAUUAUAUUUGAUAAGACUUGAAGUGAUUUAGAAUAUAUAAAAAGAAAGACUUUACACAGAUGUUGCCCACAACCUAUAGUCUAUAAUUAAGAUGUUCACAGUUGGCUAGUGUGGUUUACAACUUGUUUCAGUUUCACGUUUUGAGUGUGGAAACUUUAAAUGAACAGUUAUUUGGACCAUAGGUUCCAAGUCACAUGAAUCUCUGGGGUAUGUGCAGGUGGCACAAGUUUGAAUCAUGGUCCUGUCCA